AUGAAGCCCACCAAAUUCAUCCCAACCAUCCUCCUCUCCCUCAUACCCACCCUCACCCUCGCCUCCGAUAGCGACGACUUCCCAUCCGGGGCUAAACUCUGCGAGCCGCAAGGUGCAGGCAGCUGCCAAUUCGCCGUAUACCAGCUAUAUCCCGAAGUAGAAUGCUACCACCAACAAAAGGGUGCUGCCUACAUCUUCGAUCACUCAUGCAACAUCAUCGGCCACAUGGAGAACUUCACCCAGGGAGACGCCAUGGCUUCGCAGCUGCCGUAUACUGUGGACAUCGAGAAUAUUUUUGGCUACCCAUCCUGCUAUCUCAAGUACGAGAUUGCGUACAGUGAUGGGUUGUAUGGGUACAGCAUGCCCUCGGGAGGUAUUUGGGAUGACUGCAAGGAGGGUGAUUAUCAGUGCACUUGGUAUAGGGUGGCGUUUGAUUGUCAUGGGUUUUAG